AUGAGUUUUAUCAAAGAGAUUCCUGCUCUUAAUGUCGGCAUAGGGGAAGGCCGCAGAGACGUGGACGAGUGCUCCACGGGGCGGCACACCUGUGGUCCAGAGCAGACCUGCAUCAACAGCCGGGGCUCGUACGCCUGCCAGUGUCCACAGGGGUAUCAGAGGAGCGGGGAGCACUGCAUAGAUAAAGACGAGUGCUCUCUGACGCACUACUGCAUGCACCGCUGUGUGAACGCACCAGGAUCCUACUCCUGCGAGUGCAACGUGGGCUACAAGCUGGCCAGCAACAACCACAGCUGUGUGGACGUGAACGAGUGCGACGUGCAGAGUCCGUGCCAGCACCACUGCUACAAUCUGCUGGGCUCCUUCCUGUGUCAGUGUGAACAGGGCUUUGAGCUGGCUCCGGACUCGGUCUCAUGUCAAGACAUCGACGAGUGUGGCUUCUCCAGCUACAUGUGUCAGUACCAGUGCAUCAACACGGCCGGCAGCUACUCCUGUGAGUGUCCAGAGGGAUACCAGCUCCAAGGGAACCGGCUUUGUCAAGAUAUGAACGAGUGCGAGAUGGGGACUCACAACUGCCAAGAGGAAGAAAUGUGCUGGAACUAUUACGGAGGCUUUCGCUGCUAUCCAAGAAAUCCCUGCGAACCUCCCUACACCAAGAGCUCAGAGAAUCGCUGUAUCUGCCGCUCUCAAACCGAAUGCCAGAGCCUGCCUCCCUCCAUCGUCUUCAAGUACAUGAGCAUCCAGGCCGACCGCACCGUGCCAGCUGACAUUUUUCAAAUUCAGGCCACUAACAUGUACGCCAACACGCACAACAGCUUCAAGAUCAAAGCGGGCAACGAGGGAGGAGAGUUUUUCCUCAGGAGGUCCAGUAACGUGAGUGCCAUGUUAGUGAUGACCAAGCCCCUGAGUGGGCCGCGGGAGGUGGUGGUGGACCUGGAGAUGGUCACGCACCACGUGAGCAUGAACUACAGGGCCAGCUCUCUGCUGCGGCUCACCAUCAUCGUGGGCCCCUACCCCUUCUGA